AGCCGGCUGCACUGCGGGCGUGGGUGAGAGCCAGAAGCCGGUUGGAGUGUGGGCCGAGCGCCGUCUUUGGUGAGUGAAGCGUGAGGGAGCCUUGGGAGCCGAGGACGCCCGACGGGAAAGCAUGGGAUCCUAUAGGACUGCAUAGUCAAAGCAAUGAUCAUAAACUUAGAAAGUCCAGGGAGACUUCGAGUGGAAGUCAGUUAAGGAGGAUUCUUCAGUCACAAUGUCAACUGGCACAGAUGUUUCUCUUUCUUCAUAUGAUGAAGAUCAGGGAUCUAAACUUAUCCGAAAAGCUAGAGAGGCACCAUUUGUUCCCAUCGGAAUGGCGGGGUUUGCAGCAAUCGUCGCAUAUGGAUUAUAUAAAUUAAAGAGCAGGGGAAAUACUAAAAUGUCUGUUCACCUGAUCCACAUGCGUGUGGCAGCCCAAGGCUUUGUUGUGGGAGCAAUGACUCUUGGUAUGGGCUAUUCCAUGUAUAAGGAAUUCUGGGCAAAGCCUAAACCUUAGAAGAAGAGAAGCUGUCUCGGUUUUGUUGGUGGUGCUUGCUUUUUAGUUAGGUAUCUCAUAGUGAGUUUUUGUUUAUGUUGAAAAUAAAUCAUUUGAAUGGGUCAGACAAUAA